UUUUACCUUUUCUUUCUUGAGAUUUCAUGGGAAAGAGAGGAGAAGAGAGCUAGUGUAAGCUAGCGCAGCGAUAGAAAGUAACCUCACAAUAGCAGGUUUUUGUAAUACAAAUAUCAUCUCGCGCGGGGAAACAUGGAAUCGCGUGAAAGUAAUCAUGCAGCUUUGAAUGCAUACGCGAUUUUAAAAUCAUGUGCUUCAACAAGUAACGAAGCUGAAACAUUGCGAAACCUUCAAGAGGAGAAGCAUGCAAAAUUAACGAUCGGAGCAUUUUUCGAAUUUAUGAGAACUGCGUAUCAAGUUAAUGAUAGUUUCGAAGGUGUGGCUACCAUAUUAAGCGCAAAUAGCGAAAUUGACUGGCACGAGUUAGCAAAGAUUAAUUUAGGUCUUGAAGCGUUUCAAGAUGAUAGAAUGUGCAGUAACAAUUGUGAUGUGAAUGAUACACGAGAAAAACAAAACAAAUACGAUGCUCUUAUACAAGAUUUAUCACAGCAAAUGAUAAAUAACCAAUUGGCAAGUCCAUGCACAUCCGGGAGCAUAAUAAACUCACAAUUUUCUACAUCUGCGACAUCUGAUAGUACCAAUAUCUGUGAGACAUCUGAUAAAGAUGAUUGUACUCAAAGAUCUAAUGAAAUAAAAGAUUCCUCUAACGAAUGCUUGAGAAAGGAGGAUAGUAUUGGAGAGAGGAAACUAUUGUCAAAGAGUCAAGUUGACAAUGGAGAGGAGAAGAUUUCACCAGCCAAAGAGUAUGCGGAAGAAAGUGAAUAUGGUUUGGCGAGAGUCGUGAAGGAAAAUCUGAGGGAUAUUUUGCACGAGGGACUGUUGGAUUCCGUGCUGCCAUACAUGCUCCCGAAGUCUUCGCUGUCGCAGCCUGUUAUCAAAAAGACUACCGCUAUUGUGGAUCUUAUGAAAAGUGCUUCAGCGAGUAAUAUAGUUGAGAAUAAAUCGGCAGCUUUGACUCAUAAAGAGACUCAUAAAGAGAAGGAUAAAGAGAAGCAUAAGAUAAAUAAAAAGCUGUUGGAGAACGAAGUGGAGAUUCAUGUGUGCGAUGAGGAUAAAAAUAUCAGGAAGAACUUCCGAUGUCCGCAGAAGCUCCUCGUGCAGAAAAUGUGUUAUUUUGCUGAUGUAACGGCGGGACAGAAACUCGAUGAAAUCGACAUAUCGGUACAUUGUGACGUUGUUAUCUUCGAUUGGCUAAUAAGAUGGGUGAAGAAAGAUAUCAUAAAAAAAUCCGAGUGGCCGGUUUUGGAGGCCAGUAAUGUCAUUCCAAUUAUGGUAUCCGCUUGUUUCUUGCAAAUGGAGCCACUUUUGGAGAAUUGCCUUCAAUAUUGUCACGACUAUAUGUCAGACAUUUUGAAGACAUCGACGAUCUUAACGUGUUUAGACGAUAAUCUUCUUACAAGAUUAGCUGAAUUAUUUACUAACGAGGACGUCGAAAUGUUAAAGGACAAAAAGGACAAAAUUCAAAGCCGUUUAUUUUGUAAAUUGAUCAUGUCGCUAGUGGAAGUCACCCCGGACAGUAGAAAGGGUCAUUACAGUUCACUGGCUAUGCUAUUUAAAUGUGGCAAGUGUAGCAGGAACGUCGUGCAGUCGAUCUCCGAUUCUGUUCCUUGCAUCCCGAGUGCAACGAAGAUCGAUAACAAGGGUGCCGUUCACAGCAAGCAUGUGAGAGAUUUGACUUGGACACUGAACGAGUACAUCGUUAGUCUACGAUCGGAAUUACGUUCUUGGCGCAAGGUCUACUGGCGAUUAUGGGGUGAUUGCCAUUUCUUGUUCUGCCAACAAUGCAACGUAUAUUUCCCGAUAUAUCAGAUCGAUUGGUGCUGCUAUCAUCCGGAACCUGCACAGUUCUUCGUAAACGAACAACAAAGAUCUACGCCCUUUCCGUUAGGAAGAUAUCCGUGUUGCAGUCAACGUGCUUAUAGAUUUGAAACGCUGCCAAAUCAAGGGGGAUGCAGGUACAAAGAACAUGUACCGGACGUAAGGAGCGAAAAGGAAUUAAAUGUGUUGAACAUCUUGACGGCGCACAGAGAAGUAAUAGCCAUCGAGUCCCCUCAGCUCUUCUUCCCGGAAAAGAUCACGCGACUGGUGACUCGCGAUCCGUCCCUCCGCCCAGGCAAACUGGUGUGCAAGGAUGUGAUGUGGUGGAACGGUAUUGAACUUGUGCCACAGAGACCAAAACUCGGUCUACUCGGAAGGAUUUGGGGUGGCUCGGGAUUCCGUCGAUUGCUCCAGCCGCAAGACUCACAGAGGUCUUUACAGAGAUUUCGCAGACAAAUUUCCGUGGCCACCGAUCUCUCGUCCCCCGCUUCGUCGGUCACGGACAGCGAGGACGACGACGAAGGGACCGCGUGCGAGGACAGUAGCGCGGACGAGGAGUCUUAUUACAGCGAGGAGUCGAACGCUCUGUCCGCGUUACAGAGCGCGACGAGAAAGGCGAAGCAUCCGCACAGCCGCAAGAGCAACGGUAGAUGUUGGAGCGGCAAUCUGAACGUGAGACACAACCAGGACAAUCAGAGAGAUUUCGAAGAGAGAGCCGCGGCGCAGAUGACGGCACUUCUGACGAAAAGAACGCUCACGGAGGGCACGCUCGUGAGAACUUACAGUAAACAGCAUCACAAAAUCAAGCAACCGAUAGGUGGAACAUACAUAAAACUAGAGGCUGAAUUUCGUGAACAGUUAGCGCAAUCUUCGAGAUAUAAGAACCCCUUGACUGGCAAGACCCGUAUGAAAUCACACAAGUCAUAAUCUAUAAUUUAAAUGCAGAUUGUACUAUCUUUUCUCCUUUUCCCCACAUAUGUAUAUGUAUCAUAUAUCUUAUUGGAAUGAUUCAUUUCAAUACAUGUGAAGAACAUGAAAAUUAUCUAUACUGGGAAUUACCUAUAUAUAAUUAUGUUCUUAUAAAGAGCAAACAACUGUUAGGUUGCUACGCAAAUAAUUUCACACACAUUAACAACAUACCAGAGAAAAAAUUAUGUAAAUUUGCGUCAUAAAUAAGAAAUUGAAUAAGAAAAAAAUAAAUAAUGAUAUAAAAUUAGAACUCUCAUACACACAUUACUGCGUUUGUAAAACGAUAUACAGGGUGUCCCUAAUUUAAUUAAUUAAUAAUUUAAAUAUUAAGCAUUGUUUGCAAUAUGAUAGAGAACUUUUUUAUUCACCCCAAUUCGUUCUAUGCCCUCGUGAAAUUUGUCCCUGUUGAUCUGGGGCAUCCUGUAUACGAUCACAUUAUAUCAUUUCAAGCGAUACUCAUUGUUGGGUCUUACAUAUUUACUUAGCGUCAUUUGCGGCAUACCCAUUUCUCGCGUAGAGCUCAACAUGAUUAAAAAUUGUCAAUUAUACUUAGUACGUUUUGUAUAUAUACUGGAUAUCUGAAACUUUCCCGCUAAGCGCUCGUGUGAGAACAGAUUAAGCUGUACAUAAAAAUUACAUUCCAAUUGCCAAUUCUCAAUUGCAAUUAUUUGCCAGUUUCACAAUAGUUAGUGAGUAAUUAAUUCAUUUGAGCGAAUUAACACGGGAAGCAGUGAGACGGACUCUGUUUCAUAUACAAAGAAAGAUGGCUUUGAGUUAGUAAGAAAAAUAACUACUAAUAGAACUAUUGCUAAAUUUGCAGAGUUAUGCAUAACUUUUCCGCUCAGCUUAAUCCGUUCUACCUUAUAUAAAUAUAAGGUAUAAUAUAACAUAGGCAACAGCGAUAAUUUUUCUUUUCAUCCCUCUGCAUCAAUAAAUCAAGUUUAAUUUACAUGGUCACAUAAAAAAAAAAAAA